AUGCCUAGAGAUCCUCUUAUUGGUAUAGUUGGCAAGCCAUCGAGCGGCAAGUCCACGACGCUCAACUCGCUAACGGACGCAAAUGCCAAGAUUGGCGCGUUUCCGUUCACGACGAUCGACCCCAACCGUGCAACAGGGUAUUUGCAGGUGGACUGUGCGUGUGCCAGGUUUGGGAAGCAGGAGCUUUGCAAGCCAAAUUACGGGUGGUGCACCGGGGGAAAACGUCACGUGCCUGUGGAGUUGCUGGACGUGGCCGGUUUGAUCCCGGGAGCGUCGCAGGGACUCGGGCUGGGUAACAAGUUUCUCGACGACCUCAGACAGGCCGAUGCUUUGAUCCACGUCGUGGACGUUUCGGGCACCACCGACGCCGAGGGCAAGGCCACGCGCGGCUACGACCCGGUCAAGGACGUGGAGUGGCUGCAGGACGAGAUCCGGCUCUGGAUCGAGACCAAUCUCAAGAAAAGAUGGGGGUCUAUUGUCAGACGGCACACUGCCACCAAAUCGUCGAUCGUGGAUACUCUUCGCGCCCAGUUCGGCGGAUACGGUGCUACGGCCAGUCUGAUUGCCCGGGCCGUCGACUCGAUUGAUAACUUGCCGCCGUUGGAGGAAUGGGACGACCAUUGGAUUACUACAAUGGUGAAACAUUUCAUGAUGUUCAAGUUCCCCACCGUGUUGGCACUCAACAAGAUCGACCAUCCGGACGCAGACAAAAACGUCAGCAAGAUUUUGCUGAAAUAUCCGGACUCCAGAGCAGUUCUGACCAGUGCUAUCACCGAGGUGUUCCUCAGAAGACUGGCCAAACAAAACUACAUCAAAUACGAGGAAGGAACCGAAUUCAUAGACACCUUGGAAGAUGUUGGUCCGGGAAGUGAUCUCAGACCGCUCGACGAGAAACUGCUGCAAAGAAUAGAAACCAUUAGAGACCUGGUUCUGUUCAGAUUCGGGUCAACAGGCGUGGUCCAGGUUUUACAGGAAGCAGUCAAGGUUCUCGACCUGAUUCCCGUCUUCACAGUCAGAAACAUCCAGACCUUCACUGGAAGCUCGGGAACAAGCGUCUUUAGAGACUGCACGCUUGUCAAACGCGGAACAACCGUUUCCAAGGUGGCUAGAAGCAUCAUGGGAGAAGUCACCAUCGCGGCCAUCGAAGGUGUCGACGGAAAGCGCAUCAGCGCAACAGACACCGUCGACAUCGGCACAAACGAUAUCCUGUCCUUCAAAGUCGUCCCUGGUGGCCUAACCACCUCGUCAGCAUAG